GAUGUUCAACGACUUUUGGCAAAAGUAGUGUCCUCAAGGUUUACAUCCAAUUCUUGUGCAAGUGCAAGAAUAAUUCAUUGAUGUCUGAAAAUGGACCAGAAGGAACUGUCUUUAUCUGGAUUCUCACAGAAUGAUAUUCAGACAAACCAUCCAGCCGACAUGGAUGCUGCCAAUGAACAUGGUGCUGUGGGUGAUGAGAAUGUGGAGCGGGGUAACUGGUCUUCGAAGACUGACUACUUGCUCUCAAUGAUUGGUUACGCUGUCGGUCUGGGCAACAUCUGGAGGUUCCCUUACCUGGCUUAUAGAAAUGGAGGAGGUGUAUUUCUUAUUCCCUACGCUCUCAUCCUGGCACUAGUUGGGAUUCCAAUGUUUUUCUUGGAAUGUUCCCUUGGGCAGUUUGCCAGCCUCGGACCUAUUGGAGUGUGGAAAGCUGUACCAAUAUUCCAAGGUGUGGGGAUUGCUAUGGUCCUUCUGAUUAUAAUUGCCAAUAUUUCAUAUGCCUGUAUCAUUGGCUACAGUCUGUACUACCUGUUUGCUUCCUUUCAAUCGCCCCUGCCAUGGGCAGACUGCUUCAGUUGGUGGGGAGCAGAUGAAACAUGCAGCAGGACCCCCAAAGACUUUGUGAAACAAGAGAACAAGCAGAUUGAACACCAGAGCUGGACUGUGCUGAGAACCCAUUCUGUAACCUCACUCUGAAUGAUGGAUACUUUGAAAUCGUUAAUACAACAUGGCUGCAGACAAACAAUGAAAGUUGUCCAAAUGGAUCAGAAAUCUCCAUUCCUCA